AUGAACUGUUAUAGAAAAGAUGAGAGAUUCGAUUUUAUUAGUAAUGAUAAUGAAUACAAAUGCGAGGAAAAAGAGGGAUGUCUAAAAGAACCAAAAGAAGUUAUUGAUAAGAGAUUCAAGCCGGAUAGGUGUGUGUGUCUCGAUAUUUAUCACCGUGAAAUCGGACCGGAUAACUAUGAACAAUACAAAGAAAAUGAAACUCUAGUGACCAAAUUUAAGCAAGAUUGUGCUAAAAUCAAGUAUGAGGGAUAUGUAUUGUUUGACGUACUGCUAACACCUGGAUUUGGCCUGGUGAAUCAAAUGAUAUUUAACGGGUCUGAUAGUAAAAUUGAGUUAAUAUCUGGCUCCGAUAAAAUUGUAAUUAACGCCAUCGGAGCACAACUAACUCUCUCCAGACCAGGAACUAAUGGAAGUUUAAUACCCUUGAGACCAGCAUCUUACGAAAUGGUAAAAUGCGAAGGUGAUAGGUCAUUGACGACACUGACUGGAAAAGAGAUUUGCACACAUGUAGCUUUAAAUGGAGUACCUAAAUGGAGAGGAACUGUAGAUGGCCCUAAGCUAAUCAGCAUCUUGAAUGAUCAGGUUAACCCAAUGUUAAUCCUAAGGUUCCCAAAGUGUUUCCUAUUAAUUACAUUGCAGGACGAAACAUUUAGCUAUACAAUUCCCAUUCCACCCAUACGAGCAUUUUAUGACUUCAAUGGUCAGGAAACGGUAAUACCAGAUGAAGUAAUUGAAUUGAAGGUUUCAGACAAAAAUAACAUUUCCUUCACUUUUGACAAGAAAAUUACCAUUAAAAAGGUCAAACUGUCCAACUUCAAACUUUUAUCCGACGAGUCGGAUGGUUUCAAAAUCAAAUCAGUAGAAUAUCACGAUAUUGAGAAAAAACUCAUUUACCGAACUGAAAAGGAAGCAAUUACACAUUUUCUAACGGAAGGACAUAAGAAUUUAAUCACAAGGUUAAGUGAACGUGAAUCCGCAGUAGUCCUAGACGGUGUAAUUAUAUCGUAG